GGGAGUUGAGCUGAAAACAUCACAUAGCACUGCCAGAAGACAAGAUGUUUACACAAGGACAGAUAUGCCUGGAGAAGGCCAUCUUCGCAGCAGUGGCAAUUGUUCUUUUUGCCACAGCAGGACAAUCUACAGUGCUAACAGACAACCUCCAAACCACAACAACUCCUGCUCUGUCUGAUUCAUCUAUGACCACUCAGCUUGAUAACAGCAGUAUGGAGGGACCUCGGGUUUUGCGAUCACACAGAUCCUGUGAAAGCGAGCAUGAAAAUUACUGCGGGAAUGGUGGCAAAUGCAUGUACCCCCAAGACAGCGACCAACCUUCUUGCAUCUGCACGUCCUCCUACACCGGGCCUCGCUGUAUGUUCUACAACCAGUCUGAACCCUCUCGUGUCCCGCCUGAGUUGGAGCAACUAAUUGCCAUCGGCUUCGGGGUCACCAUAAUCAUCAUUGUCCUGGCCUUGAUCAUUUACUGCUUAGCCUAUAAGAGAUGUGUAAAAUCAGCACAACUAAUAAAGUCUGUACCAUCUGAGAUGUCAGUGUGA